UAAAAGUAUCGAAAAAUACUUCCGUGCAUUUAUAUCCCAUUAAACCCAUUCGAAUGUCUAUUAUUUUAGAAGUGCAAUCCGAAAAGAAAGUUGCAUUUUUUUUCUCUCUGUGGCUUUAAUUUACUAAAAGCUUACCCAUGUUUCAUUGCUGCCACGGAAUUACAAAAACGUCCACGCCUGUUGCUAUUGGAGCUAUGAGCCGAUUAGAUGGUAAAAUUUCCGUGGUCACUGGAGCUAGUUCUGGAAUUGGAGCGGCGACAGCGAAAUUAUUAGCCCGCCAUGGGUCCGUUGUUGUAGGUUUAGCUCGUGGUGUUGACAAAAUUCAAGAACUCGGCGAUGAAUUGGUUGAGGAAAGCGGAACGAUUCACGCUCUCAAAUGCGAUAUUACCAAAGAAGAAGACGUCAAAAAAGCUUUUGAAUGGAUCAAAAUCAAUAUGGGGUCCAUUGAUUUUUUAAUUAAUAAUGCGGGGCUUGUAUUACCUUCGAGCCUCAUAGACGGUUCUACCGAAGAUUGGAAGGAGAUAAUAAGUGUGAAUAUGUUGGGACUUUGUAUUUGCACGAGGGAAGCUUUAAAACUAAUGAAAGAAAAUAACAAUGGGGGACAUAUUAUCAAUAUCAAUAGCAUCACAGGCCACUACAUUCCCUUGCUGCCUGAACCGGUGCUUAAUAUUUAUCCUGCAACAAAAUUUGCUGUUACAGCUUUGUCAGAGACGCUUAGGAGGGAACUGACUUUUGCUCAACGGAAAAUCAAAGUCACGAGCUUGAGUCCUGGACUAGUCAAGACCGCAUGGUUCAACGGUUUGACACCCAAUAUUAAAAUCACUUUGUCUAAGCCGGAGAUGCCUGUUCUAAAGCCGGAAGAUGUUGCUGACACUAUUGCUUUUAUUUUAUCGACUCCUCCUUUCGUAGAAAUUACUGUUGUGGUUUAUGCAUUUGUCGACAGCACCUUAGCCAAAUUACCUAAAAAAUGCGAAGGAGGAAGCGGAUUAAAAUACCUGUGGGGAGAUGCUUUAUCGGACAGUCCAGAGUGUGUUGGUCCCACAAAUACACCUUAUCCAACCGCCGCCAUCGAAAGAUCUUUUAAAGGGUCAAACCCGUGGCUGGGAAGUUUCCGAACAGGAAGAUCGCAGAAGACAAUAGACCCGUUCCUGACCAGGAGAGCAUUAAUUACAUCAUAUGAACGUAACAUGUUAGAUAGACCGGCUAUGACUACCUCAAGGCAAGGGAGAGCUGUAAAUAAUAUGACUCCAAAUACAUGCGCUGGAACACCAUCGAGGUUAUGUAAAACCAGAUACAAUACUACAGCUCCAAUGUACGGAGUAUCUUUGACAUCAGGACAGCCUGUGACGAUAGUACAAAAGUUUCCAGACCUUCUUCAGCAGGUAGUCUUUGAGGUUUGUGAAAGUUCUGAAUGCGACGUUGUACGUGGGGAAUGUACUCAAACCUACGUUCCCUAUUUGUUUUUGGUCAUCCCACUAGGACCCGUCACAUUGACGGGACAAGAUUAUGUCCUUGUAGAGAGUGGUUGUGUGUGUAGGCCAAAAUAUUCGCAAAUUGCUCAGGACCCUUCCAUGUCAUCGAUACCAAAAUUCUAAAAACGUCGUUAGUGUGGAAGGACUUAAUUUAAAAUGAUAUUGUAUAUUAUCUUUAGCAGGAACCAAGUCUUGUUCAUUACUAAAAGUUAUAUUUUAUCGGGCAAGAUAACAAUUUUAUUUGUACUUAGUGGUUCAGCGAAGUAUUGUGCCUUUUUAAAAUAAAUUAUUUUACUGUUAAAACUAAACUGUAAAAAUUAUAUUUAAAGAGUAAUAAGUAAGCAAACUAUUUAAUUUAUUUUUAUAGAAGUAGGUAGAUUAUUUAUUUAGUAGAAUAAGU